AUGAUAAGAAGACUUGUAGCUGAAUUCGUAGGGACUUUCUUUCUAGUCUUUGGUGUAGGUGUGAGUCAAGGCCAGCCCUUCACAGUAGGAGGAACUUUAUGGGCUGCUCAGAUUUUCACAGGAUUUUCUUCAGGUGGGCAAUUCAACCCUGCUGUUACUUUAGCAAUAAUCACAAGAAAGCACAUUACCAAAACCCUUACAACACAAGAACUCAAAGAGCUGAUGUGCUUCAUUGCCGCUCAAAUAACUGGAUCUAUCAUGGCAGCCCUCCUUUCUUGGGGAAUCGUCCGAUAUGCUGCAUAUUUUGACGUUGCGCUUGGGUAUAAUAGAGGUGAGGCGUUUUUGGCUGAAUUUUUAUAUAGCUUUUGAGGGCUUGCAAAGGUUUAUGCUGGAUUUUACAUUAUUCCUUAUCUUGAUUUUUAAUAUUAUUUAUUUCUUUCACAAGUUUUCAGACAUUUUUUAGCUUUAACAAAGAUAAGUCUUUUAUAGAAAGCUAAAGGUAUUAGUGCAGUAUACACUACACUGCUCUGCGCAAAUGCAAUUAUGGCUGGGGUUUUAACAGAUUCGAAUUUAUUGGUAGGAGCCGCUGUUUCUAUGAGUGUUACUGCUGGAGAUUGGUCUGUUGGGAAUAUCUCUGGAGGGUGCUUUAAUCCAGCUGUUGGGUUUGGAGUGAAUUUGAUACACUUGUUUAAGGAUGGAGACCAUUUUGGAAACACUUGGAUUUACAUAAUUGCGCCGCUUAUUGGAGGAAUUAUGGGAGGACUUACUUCGACGAUUUUUAUAAAAGAGUUGCAAAGCCAAAGGAGCAAGGUCGCAGAAGAAGAUGAUCAUCAGCAUUCAACUUAA